AUGGACUGGAAUCCAGUCACAAAUCCAUUAUUGAAGCAUAUUCAUGUGUUUAAUAUGUUGCCAGUCUUCUCGUCGACGUCUAUGGAGCCGACAUUUCCACCGGUGUUAUGUGAAGUUUUUGAUGAUGUGGAGAAGGAAGAGGUUGGAAAGGAAGGUUUAGUGAGUGUACGGGAUUUUCUAUUGGGUGCAAACAGUAAAAAAGUGAAUUUCGUAAAUCUUUUUCGACUGGAAUUGGAGCUUGGUAACUCAGCAGCAGUUUAUGAUGAACGCAAGAAACAAGCGAAAGUUAAUCGGUUUAUUCAUGAUGCAGAAACAGUGAAAAGUCAUUUGGGACAGUGGUGUUUAUGGAAGUUUAUUGAGAUGGAAUUGCAAACUAAUUUGCAAGCUUGUAUUGUGGACGACCCAGAUAAUAUAAACAAUCGAAAACGGAAACAACAGACGAAUGCUGUGGAGGUUGAUGAGCCAAUGAAUGGACAAGAAAUGGAUGCUGAUCCGGAAGAUGGAGAGGUAUGUAGUGAUGAAGAAAAGACUGAAAUGAUGGUUGGAGGUGGUUGUGAAGCAAAUGCUGAUCAAGUGGGAGAAUCGACAAAGAUAGACCGUUUGAUUGCUAGAUUUAUUGGAGCCCAUGUCGCGAUCGAUGAAACCACAAAGCAGAAAAUUCGACCGAUUUUGAAAAUUCUCUUGUGGCUGUCUGUACAGUUGGAAAUUUGUGGGACACUGAAGGUCUCACCACGGCUAUUAAAGACCGCUGAGGUGAUUCGGAAUCGAUUUAGCAAUUCUCCAGGGGAAAAGCAAGUCCGGACUUGGGUGUUUGUCAAAAGACGAUGUCAUUGCCGCGUCAUUGCUGAGUAUUUGACCACUGCGUUGGCAGAAUUAGGUUUACCACCGAGCUGUUGCAUGCUAGGUAAUAGCUAUGCUCGUAUAUCUGGCUCACUUCGGUUUUCGUCAUUUCGUAAAGUGGUGCAAAUGUUGACGGACUUCGAAACAAAGAUUAUGGUGACCACGUCUGUAUCGAUGGGCUCGCCAAAGAUGCGAAUGGAUCCGCCACUCUGCGAUCUCGUCGUGGUCAUGAAUGAGCUUCAGGAAGCCGACAAACUUUUUGAAUUCGGAAAGCGAGCCGACCGCACACGCGGUUUCAUUAAGUAUGUUACUGCAGACACAAUGCUAGCUCGUAAGAAAUUUGAAGAUCUUGUUCGAAAAAUGCAGGAGUAUAUUCGACUCGAGCAAGAAAAUAGCCAAGUUUGCCUUGCAGCGGCACAAUCAUCAUCUACUGGUGUGAGGAGGAGUCUACAGAUGCCACUUGCCCCAGCGGAAGCUGCUACACCAGAUACAACGAGCUCUACCUUGGCCUCGCUGCAGGCACAACAUCAAAUGUCGGUAAUUCCAACGCCAGUUCAGCCUAUGGUAAAUCCGUACGAGAUUAUCAAUCGUGACACAGGUGCUAUUCUAAACGUGACGAAUAGUUCGGAGUGUCUGAGCAAGUUUUGUGAUACGCUGCCAGGUCUAGAUACGUAUGACCGUCGCCCGCAGUACAUAGUGAGGCGAAUCGCUAUUACGAAGCACAUGGCACCGUCUUUGAAACGAUCGAAAAAGAAGCUAUUGAAGUACAACUCAAAGCUGACUGAUAAAAUUGACGAGCUGAAAGCUGAGGCUGAGCAGCAUGCUAAAGCAACAAUAGAGGAGACUACGGACGAAAUUGAGGAUGACGACGACGAAGCAUACGAUACCAAUCCUAGCGAUGUCCAUGAUACACGAUUCCGCUACUCAGCAACAUUGAAACUUCCUGGCGCUUUGGGCAUUAGAAAGCAGCUUCAUUCGCAGCAGGUAGAGACGCAAGACGAGGCAAAGGGAAUUGUUGCUUUCAAGGCGUGUCAAGAAUUAGUAAAGAAGGGGUUGCUGGAUCGGCAUUUUCGCUCAAAACUUCUAGACGAUCAGGUGGCUACUAUUCAUGCCGACGAAAAAGGCACAGAAGCUACCGAUAGCAAGAAUAGGACUUUCGACGUUGAUAUCACAGUCGUGCUAGACGAGAACGACGAAGCCCCAGAAAAUAAAUCACAACUGACUGAUCUAUCGACGCAAUCAUCGUAUGAUUUACCGCCGGUAAGCGCGGUGGAAUUGAGUUUGCGGCCGAUUCGAAGCCUGACACAAGAAGCUGCUAGCAGUAUUGAAGAAGGUGAGGAGUGGUCGACAACGAUGUGCCUCUAUGGCCUCAGUGGUGCGCCCUACGCGAUCUUGUCGACUAACGAGUUGUAUACUGGUAACACCAAUACGGGGUGGCGCUAUGAUUUUGCGACAAGUGGUGUGAUGUCACCAAAGAUCCAGCCAAUAACGCUGGCGAAAAGGCCGUUAAAGCUCAUUCUAACAAAGCAACAGCUGCACGAAGUACUGCACUUCCAUUUGGUGGUAAUGCGUCUAGCUUGUAUGGGUGUAGAAGACGCAAUGCGUGAUGUCGACAUUGCAAGUGAUAACGUGUGGAACGAAUUUUCUGAACAAAACGACAAAGGGUACUUGGUUGUGCCCAGCGUGCUGGAUGAGACGACACAACCAUCCAUGCUAUCGUUAGACUGGGACUACGUUCGUGAAAUCAUUGGGAAACCACUACUCGAGCCACUGUGGCCAUUACCGACGACAGGUGUUACAGGAGGUUCAGUAAAUGCAAUGGAAGAAUGGAUUUGCGUACCGACCUAUCGCCUUAAUGUUAGCUAUGUGGUUCAAGCUUGUACUGAUCGAACGAUGGAGGAUAUACAUAAGGAGUACCUGACAGACGAGCAAACAUGGACGUCCCAUCUAAGAAAAGGAAAAUCUACCCCAGGCAAUCCCAUUCUUGGUCGGUGGUAUACUCGGCAACAGCUCGAGGAGGCCGAUGCGGACCAGCCAUUGAUUCAUGGUAUACAGGUUCCUCCUAUUGUUCCAAUUAUUCGAAGGGUCAUGCAGCGAAAUAACGACGAAGGAAAUACUGCACAGUACAAAACCAAGUUUAAUGAGCGCUUGCUCAUCCCGCAGUACACCUCGCGCCUGCGCCUGACGAAGAGCCGCUUUUUUGAUGCAAUGGGAUUGGUGCCACUUCUAUAUGAAUUUGAGCGCAAAUGCCAAAUCUCACACCUCAUGGGUGAAAUUGGUCUGGAGCUCGAUAUGACACUUUUAGACGAUGCGACCACAAAACCUGCGUAUGAACGACUAGAAAUCCUCGGAGAUACGUUUUUAAAACUCGAGACCUCGUGGUAUAUGUACGAAAAGCGGAAAGAUAUUUCACAGGAGGGUCAAUUGACGCAGCUUCGUCGUGACAUCAUCCGCAACGAUCGACUCAAUCAGUUUGCAUUAGCAGCACGUCUUCAUCACUAUAUUUUGUACCCAGCCGAAGUGGAGCAGCACCCUUUCCAGUGCUGGAAGCCAUCAUGCAUGGGCAAGACGCCUGAUCCAGUGGUAGCUCCAUCAAAAUGGAUUGCAGACGUUCUUGAGGCGAUUGCUGGAGCGUACUUGGUCGGUAAGGGGGAAAAAGGCGCUCGACACUUCCUCAAGUGGGUUGGUGUCAGCGUCCUUGAGCACCCGUCUACACACUUUGCGCAGCCGUUUUACCCGGAUUGCUUCCCCAAUGAGCUGUACGAUGCUGCAAUGACGUCUCGUGGGGGUGUUCAACGCCCGUUGAGUCUAAACUUUAAGGUACCGCAGUUUGAAGAUCUACCAAAGCGGUUUAGGCUUCUUCAGCAACGAUUGAAGUACACGUUUCGCAAUAAGCGCCUACUGUUGGAAGCAGUGACGCACCCAUCAGUUGGUCAGCUUGUUCUACAUAUUGACCAGAAGGAUGCGAACGACGCUGAUGCGAGUACUGGGGACAUUGAAGUAAUAUCACGCACGCAAAAAAAGAAGAAGACAGUCUGGAAAGGUGAUUACGAGCGACUAGAGUACCUGGGUGAUGCUUUGAUCGAGUACUUGACCCUAUCAUAUGCAUUCCUCAUGUACGACAAAUGGUUGCCCGGGUCACUCUCACAAUGGAAGAGUGCAACGGUAUCUAACGAUGCCUUGGGCAAGACAGCGUUGGUAUGCUUUGGUGUAGACGAGUGUUUAUUUGCCGGGGCCGUCCGUAUUGACCGCGAGACGAUGAAUCGCGUGACCAAUAUCGAGCGAAAGUACGCCCGAAAUGAAGCAAGUACCGGUCUAAGUCCAACGUUUGAAGCUGUUGGUGUAUCGAGCAAGCUCAAGGCGAAAAGCAAAGGUGUUUCAGCUCGUGGAAAGAACCACUCUUUGCCGAAAAUGUAUGCAGAUGUGUUUGAAGCUCUUGUGGCCGCAGUGUUCUUGGAUUCUGGUCGAGAUCUUCAAGUUAUUCGAGAUGUCUUCAUGGGACCGUUACUUGAAACUGUGGGACAAGAUGCGUAUGCGUACGUAUGUCAUGAAAGUGGGCUGUCCAUGGACAAUACAGGUGAUGAUCUGAUGGAAGACUUGAGAUUCUCAAGUGAUGAAGACGAUUAA